UUGUAAUACAGGUCAACUAAGUGAACCGAGUUUGUUAUAUCAACCUUUGUGCUCUAAGUGUAUCUUCUACGAUAACAUAAGGGUUCCACGUCCAUGCCGCAUUGAGGGAACUGAAGUUGUUCUGUACUCUGAAAACAUGCGAAGGCCUGCUAUUUUUGGGAGUACAGAAAAUACAAAUAUGACAAAACACAAACAGCAACAUCAUGAAGAUGGUGAUGAAAGUCACUUUGAUUGGUUAAGGAACCUUCUUAGUUCUUCUUUCUCGAAAAAAAGACUAUCAUCUUGUCAAAUGAAAACUUUUGGAGUUCCUCUAGAGGUUUUGACAGAAAAUAACUCUUCUCAAAGCUCAGUACCUUUUGUGAUCAACAGAUUAUGUCAAUACAUUAUUGAAAAUGGCCUGAAACAUGAAGGUAUUUUUAGAAAAUGUGGGAAUGCCUGCUUAAUAGACAAACUGAAAAUUGCUUUUGACCAGACUGGUGAUGCUUCAUUAGAAACAGAAGGGGAUGUGCCCUCUGCUGCCAGUUUACUGAAGCUUUUCCUUUGGGAACUUCCAGAACCAGUUGUACCUUUUUCACUAUGCACUGAAUUUCUUAAUUCAGUAAGAGGCUAUGGUAGUAAUCGAGAAGAGUGUUCGAGAAUGUUGAAAUGUUUGUUGGAGAAGAUGCCUCCUCAAAACUUCCACCUCUUGAAGUAUCUCUCACAGUUUUUACAGGAAGUUGCUAGUCAUAAAGAUCAAAACAAAAUGGGACCAUAUGCUCUAAGUUUUGUUUUUGGACCCAACUUAUUUAGAUUUUCAGAUGGUGUGAGGAGACUAAAAUAUCAGUCAGUAAUUAAUCAAGUCAUUGGAUAUUUUAUUACUGACUACUAUGCAAUAUUUGAAGAGGAUUAUUCUGAAGUUGAUUUUCCCAUCAUGAAAGAAACUAGGCAGAAAUAUGAACAACUAUUAAACGAACAAAACUCUAAACUCACAUUUCCAUUGAAGGCAGAAAAACUUGAGAUAGCCUUUGUUCCAACUUCUGUGUCUAUUGAGCCACUCUCUGUUAUUAUACCUCCAUUAAGAAAAUAUUUUAAUCAACAAAGACAAGUCCCUUCUUUAACUAUAGAUAGGAUUGUGGAAAAGACCUUUAACCAAAGAGUAGUGGAGCACUUAUUUGAUGAACAAGUCAAAGAUUCACAAAAAAUUUACUUGUCUCAAAAAAGGAGGCACAAUGAACAAGAAGAACCCAGCACCUCAAGAUCAAUCUCUUUAGAAAAUCUCUUGAACCAGGAACCACAAAACACAUAUUAUACCUCUAUUACCCACCAAAGUAGUCAGGAAGUAAUUGAUCUUCAAGAAUCAACUUGGAAUGUGCAAAACAAAUUCAACUGGAAACAGGUCUAUGUAACACCAACUCAUGCCAAAGAAAUUGCUGAUUUAAGCUCCCAUUCACCACGAGCAAAACGUCGAGAUAUUGAUAGUUCUAGAUCUUCAAAUAUAUCUGUGAGUAGUGAGGACCCAAAUAUUCAACUCUCAGAAUAUAAGGAAAUUGAUGUUCAUGAAGCUCAAAGAAGUGCAGAAUGUCAUGCUCCAUUACACAUAUCUCUUUUUACUAGAUGUACUCCAUCUAGACCUCCACACUGUAGUUUAAACAUGUGCAGCAAAAUCCAAACAAAUACUGAACAAGAGGAAAAAACUUGCAGUCUUCCUGAAGUGUUCUCUGUAUUGCCACCACAAGAUGAUUCUCUUAAUUCUGAUCGUGACAAAGAAAAUGUGCAUUGUACUGAAGAAUAUACCAAAAGCCAUGAAACCCUGGAACAGUUCAAAGUGUGUACUUUCCAUGGCAUGUUUGGAAAUCGUUUUAAUGAAAGUGUGACUCAUCACACACUCAAGGAUCAUCCUCACUUACAUGGUCAUAAUAAACCUCAUCAUCAUCACCACCACCACCACCAUCACCAUCAUCACCAUAAAGAAGAUAAUUUGUAUCAUAAUAAAGAAUUUUUAUCCCAUCCAGUAGUGAAAUUACAUCCCUUGGAGAGUUAUGAUUUAACAGAAAGUGGAGAUGAUCAUGUAAGUACUACCCCUUGGGAAGAUAGUACUACAAAAGAAAUUCCUCCUCUUCUAGACUUCACCUCCCUGUAUGAAGAAAAUGGUGGAGCAGAGCCAGUUCUAUCAGAACAUUGUUAUAGUUGGCCCCCAGUAAGUCGUGGUUAUGAAGAUGCUCAGCUUUCUCCAUCUUUUCACUAUCUUCGGAAAGAAAAUCUUGAUUUGGACCCUAUUUUCCCUCCUUCACCGCCUAACGACCAAGAAUUAUUCAAAAAAAGGUCUCUCAAGUUUGAAGAAGAAAUGAUGACUAUGAAACAUUUAAACAAAAAAAUUCACAUGUUGAAAAAGAAAAUACGACAUUUUGAAGAGAUAUUUGAAUCUGAACAUGGUUUCAGGCCAUCUCAAGCAGAGAAGAUGAAGUAUUCAGAAGUAAAAAAACUUGUGCAAGAGAUAAAUAAAGCAAGAAAAGAACUGAAAUAUUUGAAAGAAGGACUCCAUUUUGAAGGUUAUACAUUUCCUAUGAAAACAAAAGCUCCAGUAUUUGAAGAAGAGGAAAUUGAUGAUAAGAAGAUAGGAUUUGGCACUUCAGUGUGUGAACAUACACUGAUUGAGUCUACAGUGGAAGACUCUUUGGAAAAAGCAUUUACAAGCCUUUCAGGAAAGAGGCAAUUAGUUGAAAGGCCUCACGAACUAGAGAAUAUGACUAAUGAGCAAGUUAAGGAAGAAAAAGUUGACAUUCAGAAAGCUUUGCUCAAGAUUGAGAGCAUCCAUGGAAGGCCUUCACUUGUACAGAAUAGAGAAGUGGUUCAUCCACUGUAUGAUCACUAUCGAAAAGUGAAACGACUGGUUGCAAGAAAUAGCAUACAAAGUGGAACUGGAGUAAUGGGAAAAGACACAGGAUUGGAGUUGCAACCAAUUCUGGAACAUGUGGCUAUGGAUUUUAUUUCUCUCCAGCCUCGAGAAGAAUGCACCGAAAAGGAACCAUCUGAUGAACAGUAUAAAGGAAGGAAUGUUUUGACUAAUAAACUACAAACGGAGUUACAAGAGAGCAAGGUUGAUGUCCUGAGUGAGCAAGAUACUGUUAACCUGUCAAAGUUGGCUGUCUUUGUCAAAUGUGACAGUUCCAACCUACAUGAGCUUCCUUUGUAAGUAAAGUUUUUAGGUAUUUUAAUACUUUUUUA